AUGGACUGGCCACUUAAAUUUACACAAUCUCCUUUAACUGACAAAAUUCAGGAUAAUGAAGAUUUUAAAUGCAAAUAUAUAACCAAGGGGAAUCCUUUAGGCGAUGGCCAUUUUUCCACAGUGAAACAGUGUAUGAAUAUUCAUACAAAGGAGUUUUAUGCAAUGAAAUUGAUUAGGAAGGAUAUUAUUAAAGAUAAACUACAACUAAUUAGAAGAGAAUUCUCUCUUCUCAAAUAUUUAUCUCAUCAAAUUAGAUUCUUAGAGCAUCCAGAACUUCAAAAUAAUACUAACGACAACAACAACAAUAAUAAUAAUAAUAAUAAUAAUAAUGUUUAUAUUGUUGAUACUUUCCAAGGUCAUCAUCAUAUUUUACAACUCUUUGAUUAUUUCGAGACUACUGCUAAUAUUGUUUUAAUCACGCAGUUAUGUAAAAAAGAUGACCUUUAUGAAAAGAUAAUCACCAGUGGCCAUUUGGAUCUUUCAAAACAGGUGAUGCCGUACACCGCAUGUCUUAUAUCUGUGUUGGAUUUUUUACAUUCUCAAGGUGUUAUUCAUAGAGAUAUCAAAGCAGAAAAUGUCUUAUUUCGAUUACAUAAAUCAGCUCUACAUUCCAACCGUGAUUUUUCAUCAUCAUCUUCUUCUUCCCUUUCUACUAAUUCUAUGAACGAUAAUAAAAAUGACUAUGAUUUAUCUGCACAUGACCUGAUACUAGGUGAUUUUGGUUUGGCAUUAGAUAUGCAGAAUAAUAAUUUGUCCGAUAUGGAUCUAAAAGAAUAUGUUGGUACUAUAUCUUAUAUUUCCCCCGAGGUCGUACGAUGCAAAGGGAUCAGUUUACUAACAUUACAAGAGAUUCAAGCCAUUGAGCCAUACGAUUCUAAAAUAGAUAUAUGGGCUCUAGGUGUUCUGGUGUAUUUCAUGGCCACAGGGUACACUCCCUUUGAUUGUGAAACAGAUGAAGAGACUUUACAAUGUAUUUCUAAUUGUGAUUACUAUAUAGACGACACUCUAGCUAGUGAUCCAGAGUAUAAAGACUUCUGGAAUUUCAUCCAAUGUUGUUUCAUAAAAGAUAGUAAACGGCGAAGAUCAGCAAGGACUCUGAAAUCACAUCCUUUUAUCAAGGAUUUCUUUGCGCAAGCACCAAUUUCUGUUUCAUCUUCUGGAAUUCUUCAACAGGAUGUUAAUCAGUUGACUAAUUCUGCCUCAGUUGCUAGAUUACCGUUUCUAAAGAAAAAUAAAUCUCUGACUUCUUUAUCUAAUUUGAAAAGGCCACCUGAGAGAAUACAAGGUUUGUCCUUAUUUAAUCACAUAAAUCGUACUUCUAAUAAUAACAGUACCACCACUGGAUCUUCUCUUUUAAUGUCAAAACCUGGUCAAUGGACAAUAGGUUCCGACUCAAGUUCAAAUUUAAAUUUAAAUUCAAAUGUAACUUCGGAAUCAACUGUGUCUACUAAUUUAGAAUCCUCUCAACCUCAACAUAUACAUAACCACUAUUAUCCAACUGGAUUGACCCCAUUGACACCCUUUACCCCAUUAAUCCAUCAUAAUAGCAACAAUACUAAUCAUGAAACCGCAGAUCCAAACUCUGAUUCCAAAUCAAAUAGCAUAUUGAGAAGAACACUGUCCACCACAUCUCUAGGAUUAAAGCCUGGAUCAAGUGUGCCAAGUAAUUUAGCGAUAAGUUCGUCUUCAUCUGGUGACCAUUUGACAAGAGGUAACGCCACAAACUCUACUUUCUUCUUGGACCCACAACCACCGAAGGGAUCGUUGAUGAAUGGAAUGUUUUGUGAGUCGCCUGAGUCACUAUCUAGUUUCACUACUACUCCUAGAUCAUCUGUAUCGCUUUCUAGACAGAACUCACAUACCAACGAUAUUUCAAAUCUAGAUACUCCUUUUGCAACAUCAUCAACAAAAAAUAAUAGCAAUAAUAAUAAUAAUAUCAAGAGUAAUAAUAAUAAUCAAUACAGCUUGUCUAGAUCGGCAUCUUAUACAAAUGUGAAAAAAUCAUGUUUUCAAUUGGAAUAUGAAAAUGAUUGA